UGAUAAUUUGACUUUGAAGGAGCUGCGUCCCCCAUCGGUCCCUCAUCGGUCCCUCUUCCGUCCCUCUUCCGUCCCCCAUCCUCCGGCCGCAGACAUGAGCGGAAGAGCCGGAGACCUCAGUCCUAAACAGGCUGAAGCCCUGGAGCAGUUUCGAGGGAGGAUACAAGACGUUCUUCCUCAACUUCCUGCGCAGGACGACCACUUCCUGUUACGAUGGCUCAGAGCCAGAAACUUUAACCUGCAGAAGUCGGAGGCGAUGCUACGAAAGCAUUUGGAGUUCAGGAAGCAGAUUAAAGUCGACGCAAUACUCACCGACUGGCGUCCGCCAGAGGUGAUCGAGAAGUAUCUGUCGGGAGGGAUGUGUGGGUACGACCGCGAGGGCAGCCCCAUCUGGUACGACAUCAUCGGACCCGUGGACCCCAAAGGCCUCUUCCUGUCCGCCUCCAAGCAGGACUUCAUCAAGUCCAAGAUCCGGGACUGCGAGGCCCUGCAGAAGGAGUGUUCCCUGCAGUCCCAGAGGCUUGAGAAGAACGUGGAGUCAAUCACCAUGAUCUACGACGUAGAAGGUCUGGGUCUGAAGCACCUGUGGAAGCCUGCUAUAGAAACAUAUGGAGAGAUCCUCCAGAUGUUUGAGGAAAACUACCCUGAAGGCUUGAAGAGGCUGUUUGUCAUUAAAGCGCCCAAACUCUUCCCCGUGGCCUUCAACCUGGUCAAGCACUUCCUGAGCGAGAACACGAGACAGAAGAUCUACAUCCUCGGGGCUAACUGGCAGGAGGUUCUGCUGAAGUACAUCGACGAGGAGGAGCUGCCGGCGAUAUACGGGGGCAAACUGACGGAUCCCGACGGAGAUCCUCGCUGCCGCACCAAGAUCAACCACGUCGGCCCGGUUCCCCCCUCCUACUACGUGCGGGACCACGUCAAGGUGGACUACGAGCGGUGCCUGACCGUCAGCCGGGGCUCCUCCCAACAGCUGGACUACGAGAUCCUGUUCCCGGGCUGCGUUCUCAGGUGGCAGUUUGCCACCGAGGGGGCGGACAUCGGGUUCGGCGUGUUCCUGAAGGCUAAGAAGGGCGAGUGGAAGAAAGCCUCUCAGAUGCACGAGGUGGUGCUCAGCCAGCGCUACAACUCCCACUUGGUGCCCGAGGACGGAUCCCUGACCUGUGAGCGGCCGGGAGUCUACGUCCUGAGGUUCGACAACACCUACAGCAUCUUCCAGGCCAAGAGGAUCAGCUUCUCCGUGGAGGUCCUGCUGCCGGACCACAUGCAGUCCCCACACGGGGCGUCCAAAGACCACGAGCCGGCUGCAGGCGACGGCCAAUCGUAACCAAGGACCACGCACAAGGGCCCCCCCCCACCCCCGUGUGCAGGGCAAGCGGUAGCGUUCAGACGCCACUGAGCGCGGCCUGAGAGACUCCAGUUGGACGGAACCGCAACGUGCUGCAAAAAACACACAAGUAUUGAACCCACGUGGAGACAGUUUGACCCUCUGGUCCACGAGCGCUCUGCGGGGGGGGAAGGAGGGACACGCACAACGCGACCAGUAGCGAGUGGUCGUUUAGGACGACAGACCACACGUGUCGUCCACGCACUUCUGUCCUUCGCAGUUGCUAGGAGACGGGAGAACGCAGAUAGCAAGUCGACCUCAAGAGUUCAUCGUCUCAACCAUCGGAGGCCCACCAGCAGCAGCAGCAGGAGGCUCGUGGCUACUUUAGCCCCCCGAUAGCACAGCACGACUGCUGGUGGUCGAGGUGCAUUCUGGGAAAUGUAGGCUGUGGAAGGAGUGCAAUGGUUGAUCUUCUGAACGCUUCCUUGUGUGUCCAUCAGUGUUAGUUUCACAUCGUGUUUUAAAAAGCUACCGAGACAAUCAGGUCACCGCCGAUUAGACACAGAACAAGAGACAUAUUCAUUUGUUUCCUUCAGACACAGAGAAACAUUUUCAAUAGAUAUGUUUGUGUAUAAAUAUAAAUAUUUACCAGCAUCAGUUUAUUUAAAUUAAAGUAUGAUUAGUUUAGUUUGAGAUGUUUCUGUUUUAUUAGAAUCAUUGGAAAGUCAAACACUGGACAUGUUGUUUAAAAAAAAAGAAUUACACAUGGAAGCUUAUUUAAUAAUUUUUUAUGAGUUUUUAAAUUCAGAUCUUGCAUCAUUAUUGCUAUUAGCAUUUCUUGCUCAUUGGAUGUGCCUCUGGUUGGCUCAUAAACAUUCCUUAAACUAUGUCUUCAAUGCUAAUUUAUUUCCAGAGAAUGAAAGAAUAUUUAUUUGCUAUUUACACAUAUUUAUCAAGUAUACAAUAAAUAGUAUUACAUUAUAUUCAUGUCGACUUGUUUCCAGUGAAUGUUUAUGAAGAUAUUUGACUCUCUCACGAUAACUGAAUGUAAAUGGGGUCAGAAUUAUUCUCCUCAUAUUCAUAAUAGAAACAGUACUGAAUAAACCAUGGGAGGGACCCUGGAGGGACCCUGGUUAGUCCUGAGGAAAGAUACAUAAGGGCCUUACUGUUCAAACUGUGUUGAUAAAUAUCUUUUCUCACACGAUAAACUCAAAAUAACUUUAAGAUGAGUAAAUAAAAGGUGUUGACACUUUG